ACAUGUAAAAGUAAGACUUAUUGGUUUUUGUGGAAAUAUAAAAAUUAAAUAGAAUUAUAAUCUUUUACUUCAGUUUUUGUAAGAAAAAAGAAAAUAGAUAGGAAAAAAAUAACCAAUUAACUAAAAAUGAAUAAUAAUAGUAAUUAAGAAGGGUAAAAUUAAAAGUAAGAAGAGACUUAGCAACAGCAAAACAUAAUAAAAGGUUCUCAAAGAUCUGACGGCACAUUUCGAAAAGAUAUAAAAAUAAGAGAGGGAUUUGUAAAUCUUUUAGAACAUUAAAAAUAUGUAAUUCCAUCAAGAAGGGGAGAUAAUGGAAAAUAAAUUCAAGAUAAAGAACCCUAAAGAAACCAUUAAAACAGUUAAAUAAAUGAUGGCAAAAAUUAAAAUUACAUUUAGCGCAGCUUUAAUUAUAGAAAUUAAUAAAGUAAUGGUUAUUAAAAUUAGUCUAAUAAUUCAGAAAAACAAGAUAAUAAUUAAAGAACUAUAAUCACUCGCUCAAAUAAUUACAAUAAGUAAAAUAAUGAAUCUAGCAAUUAUAAUAAACUUAACGAAGGCGACUUUCCUGAUUUUAUAGAUAAAUUGGAUAGCAAAAAUACAAAUAUCAGCAAAGACUAAGCUAAAAAUAAUUAGAAUUCUAAUGUUUAGUAAACUAAGUAAAAUGAUAAUUAGUAAAAGUAAAUUUCUGACCAGUAAUAAAAUAGCAGUAUCAAUAAGGUAAGCUAAAGUAAAUAAUAAUAAUAGGCAAAGGAAGAUGAAAAUUAAAAGAAUUCUUCAAAAGAAUAAAGCAAGUAAUAAUUUAAUAGCCAAAUCUCAAAUAUCGUAUCUACUGAUUUAGUAAAUAAAGAAAAAGAAUAGAAAAAGCUAUAAAAAAAAAUAAGAGAAAUAGAAUAGCUAGAACAAAAAUAAUAAAAUGGUAUAGAAUUAUAGCCAGAAGCAAUUGAUAAAAUAAGUAAAAAAGAUGAUUAUAUUAAAAUGCUUGAAAACCUAACACUCAAUUGA